AAGAAAGACAAUCUGUUCUCGAGGAUAAUUAUUACUUGACCUGCCAAAUACAAAUUUGAAACUCCUCGUAUAAGCAUUGGUUACUGAAAAAAAAUUGGGAACCGAAGAAAAAAAAAUUACUAUAGCUUUUUCUGCACAUAAUGAAGAUGACCGAUUACUCAAACAAGGUGGUCCUAGCACCUAUGGUCCGAAUUAGCUCACUUCCAUUGAGAUUGCUGUCCUUGGAGUAUGGAGCAGAUUUAGUUUGGACAGAGGAAACAAUCGACAAAAAGAUCAUUGGCUGCGAACGCCAAGUGAACCCUGCCACCGGUGUCAUCGAAUAUAAAAAGAACAACAGACUGGUCUUCGCAACACAUCCCGAUGAGCGUAACCAUGUGAUAUUCCAAAUAGGCACAGCAGAUCCAGAUCUCGCCCUUCAAGCUGCUCUCACAGUUAAGGAUGAUGUUGCCGGGAUUGAUGUCAACUGCGGCUGCCCCAAGAAGUUUUCUAUCCACGCCGGUAUGGGAGCCGCUUUAUUAUCUAACCAACCAGUGUUGAAAAAGAUCCUCGAGAACUUGGUGCAAAACAGCGGACUGCCUGUCACCUGUAAAGUUCGCAUUUUGGAAACCCCCGAGAAAACUAGAGAAUUGGUAAAGAUGAUCGAAGGUACUGGAGUAAAGGCAAUCACGGUUCACUGCAGAACGAAAGACAUGAGAUCAUCUGAAAGGGCCAAAUGGGAUGCAUUGAAGGAUAUUGUUGAAAAUGUCAAAACCAUCCCCGUGGUCGCAAAUGGCGAUGUAUUUGAGUAUGGGGAUAUUCAGAAAUUGAAAGAUCACACCAAUGUCAGCUCAGCGAUGAUAGCUCGUGGCGCAGAGUACAAUCCUUCUAUUUUCCGGAAAGAAGGCAAACUUCCAGUGGUAGAUGUUAUUAAGGCGUAUUUGAAAAAGUGUGUAGAGGUUAAUAAUUUGCCUCAAAAUACGAAAUACUGCAUGCUCUCCAUGGACAAGGAGAAGGGACAUCAUACCAGAUCUGAAAUAUAUGACAAGAUGACGCACACCAAGUCUCAUCCUUCAUUUUGUAAACUUUUCGGAAUGGAAGAAUUCUAUGAAAAGGAGAUCGCGGAACAAGAGGCGCGAAAGAAAGCUGCUUCUCCACACGACGAUAAAGUCAGCCAACCUCCCAAGAGAAAGCUCGAGGAGCAGGAAGAUGAUGCCUCCACCGAACGAGUGGUAAAACUGGCCAAAACAGAACAAGACAAGAUUGAGCAGCCAAUUCAAAAAGCCACUAUCGAAGCAUAAGUGUGAUAUUUCAGCAUAUUAGCAUUGUAAACCAUUCCCCACUGUAAAAAAUAAUAAUGAGAUCUACACUUUUCUUCGUCUGAUUUUAUGCAUGUGUACUUUUAAUGAGAUAGACUCAAGACCAGCUUGGACUUUUGAUAUAUCUUCCAAAUGAUCAAUUUAACUGUUUUUGCUCAAAGUUCUGGUUCCAUUUAAGAAGGUCAUUGAUAUCCUUUACCCAAUCAACACCUUCGUUGACCCGGUUGAUGCAAGGCAUGGGGUAUUUUGACAUGCGAACCUAACGCAAAUGUUGAGUAUCCACAGAGUAACGAGGAUAAUGG